AUGAGUUCGACAACACCUGGUCAGUCAUCAUCAUUAAUGUCUAUGAUUGCAAAUAGAAAACCAUUAUCACCUAGUCCAAGUACAACAUUAGAAAUAAAUAAUGAUGUUAAAAUAAUGACAUCAGAUGAUAAUAUUUCACAUUUAACUACAGCACCAUUAGCAAGAGAAUUUUCAAGUGGAUUUAAUUAUCAAACAUUAGCUGAAACAUCACCAUUAAAUCAAACAAAAAAUUCCGCUAAACCAUUAGUACGUUCACAUAGUUCAACAAAUGCUGAACUUAGUUAUCAUUUACAACAAUUAAAAAAUUUAAGUAAACGUAAAACAACAUUCAGUGGUGAUAAUCAAAAUAAUGAAGAUUGUAUUCAUUUAACAUCAUCAAAUUUAAAAAUCAUAUGUACUGAAGAUGGUAAAGAAUCAUUAAUACAUUCAACAAUUGAAUUAAAAACGACUGAAACAAGUAUUGAAUUACCUGUUUCAUGGAAACCAGCUAUACAACAAGUUACGAUUCAAAGAGAAUCAUGGGAUCAUAAAAUUGAAUUUCUUCUUGCUGUUAUUGGUUAUGCUGUUGAUUUAGGUAAUGUUUGGCGUUUUCCAACAACUGUUUAUUCAAAUGGUGGUGGAGCAUUUUUUAUACCUUAUUUUAUUCUUUUAAUCUUCGGUGGUUUACCAUUAUUUUAUAUGGAACUUGCUCUUGGUCAAUAUCAUCGAUCCGGUGUAUUUACUAUAUGGAAAUAUAUUUGUCCAUUAGCUAAAGGUAUUGGUUGGGCAACAGUAUUAAUUAAUUUUAUGACAGCAAUGUUCUACAAUACAAUUAUAUCAUGGGCUGUUUAUUAUUUAGUUAUGUCAUUUAAUGGUUUACGUACUGAAUUACCAUGGAAAGGUUGUCAUCAUGCAUGGAAUACAGAAUGUUGUGUUGCAGCAGAUGUAAAAGAAUAUCAAUAUUUAUCUAAAUUAGCUAAUGUAACAAAAGGAGUUUUUAAUACAACACGAACUAUCAAUCGUCCAGGAUCUUUAUUUACAACAACAACAACAACAACACUUGCACCAAUAGUAAGAAAUUGCAGUAGAUUAGUCUAUUCAACUGAAGAAUAUUUUUAUCGACGUCUUCAAGAAGUAGACAAAGCAGAUGGAUUUAAUAAUUUAGGAAAAGUCAAAUGGGAACUUGCAUUAAGUCUUUUCGUCGUUUUUAUAUUUGUCUAUUUUGCUCUUUGGAAAGGCAUUAAAAGUUCAGGAAAAGCUGUAUGGAUUACAGCAAUAGCUCCAUAUGCGGUUUUACUUAUUCUAUUAGUUCGUGGUAUUACUUUGUCGGGUUCAUCUAUCGGUAUAAAAUAUUAUCUUAAACCUAAUAUGGAAUUAUUGAAAAAUUUUUCAAUUUGGAAUGCAGCUGCUACUCAAAUAUUUUUUUCGCUUGGUCCAGGUUUUGGUGUUCUAAUAGCUUUAUCUUCAUAUAAUAAAUUUCAUAAUAAUUGCUAUCGAGAUGCAUUAAUAACAAGUACAAUCAAUUGUGCAACAUCAAUUUUAUCAGGUUUUGUUGUUUUUUCAACACUUGGUCAUAUGGCUGAAGUAUCGAAGAAAACUAUUGAACAAGUUAUUGAGGAUAAAGGCUCGGAACUUGUUUUUAUUGUGUAUCCACAUACAAUUGCAUUAAUGAAUUGGUCAACAUUAUGGGCUGUACUUUUCUUCUUUAUGGUGAUUACAUUGGGUAUUGAUAGUACAUUCGGUGGUCUUGAAUCAAUCAUAACCGGUUUAUGUGAUGAAUUUCCUAAUCUUUUGGGUCGUCAUCGUUCAUUAUUUGUACUUGGAGUUUUAGUUAUAUCUUAUUUAGGUGCAUUACCAACAUGUACUUAUGGUGGUGAUUAUAUAGUUACAUUAAUGAAUGAAAUAGCUGUUGCUCCAGCUCUUCUUCUUGUCGUAUUUAUUGAAUGUAUUGCUGUCUCAUGGUUUUAUGGUGUUAAUCGAUUUUCAUUUGAUAUUAAGGCAAUGAUUGGUACACGACCAUCAUUAUUUUGGAGAGUUGUUUGGUAUGUUGUUAGUCCAUUAUUUUUACUUACGAUAUUUUGUGCUGCUAUGAAUAAUUUUCUUUUUGGUCAAAUUUUAAUUAAAAAAGUAGAUUUAUCAGAUUUACCACUUAAUGUUCGAAUAUGGUCUAAUCUUAUGGUAUUUUUACCAAUGCUAUGUAUUCCAGGUUAUGCGAUAUAUAAAUUAAUUGUAACGCCAGGAAAAACUUUUGAUGAACGUCUUCAACGAGCAGCUAAACCUGAAGAACCAUUACUUGAACUCUUGAAUUCACGAUCAGCUAAUGGUCAACAACCACCACAGGAAAUAGUUGAAGCUCUUUAA